GCUAAGAGAGCCAGUUAUAUUGAUGGUACAACACCAUCACGGCACCUCUUGUCCUCUAGCGUCUCCCUCGCCUUAACCUCGGCAAGCGUGUGUUUGCAUGUCGAGUCAGCAGCCGCAGCAUCAGCACCCGGAGACGUUAUUGUCAUCAUCUGGAAAACACAUCCUGGUCAUUGCCUUGUCGUCAGUCAGUGCUCCGAUAGGAGAGCGGGGGUCAAACAUGGGCUCCAGCUCCUCCUCCUAUGUCCCCAAAGCUAUUUAUCUGGAUGUGGACGGAAAAGUGCAGAAGGUGGUGUUCAGUCGGCACUGCAGUCCUUGUGACAUUAAGGAACUUCUAUGUUCUUCCUCCAACAUUCCCAGGAACACAGCUAUCAUGAUGGUGGAUCCUGAAGGCGCCUUGGUAUCCAUAGACCCCACCAUGCCCCCCAACUCUCCCAAUGCCUUGUACAAAGUUGUCCCCUUGUCUACUGGCCAACUUGGAGACAAGGAGGACAUGUUUCAGAAUGUGUUGUCCCAGGUGGCUGAGCAGUUCAGCAGAGCAUUUCGCAUCAAUGAGCUGAAGACGGAGGUCACCAACAGGCUUGCCAUGCUGGAGAAGAGAGUGGAGUUGGAAGGUCUGAAAGUGGUUGAGAUUGAGAAGUGUAAAAAUGAUCUGAAGAAGCUGCGGGACGAGAUGACAUCGACAGUUGGCGGCAGGGUGAACUGUCCGUGCAAAUACAAUUUUGACGACGGCAAAAAGGUCACUCCGAGACGAGACGUGCCCAACUACCCAAAGUAUACUCUGUCCCAGGAGACCAUUGAGGCACUGAAGAAGCCAACGUUUGACGUCUGGCACUGGGAGCACAAUGAGAUGCUGAGCUGUUUGGAGUAUAUGUACCAUGACUUGGGACUGGUGAAAGAAUUCAACAUGAACCCCAUCACGCUCAAACGCUGGCUGUUGGGCAUCCAGGACAACUACCGAAACAACCCAUUCCACAAUUUCCGUCACUGCUUCUGCGUUAGUCAAAUGAUGUACGGCAUGAUCCACCUCUGCAACCUGCAGGAAAAGCUGACUCUCACGGACAUGGGCAUUCUAAUGACAGCUGCAGUGUGUCACGACCUGGACCACCCCGGAUACAACAACACGUACCAAAUCAAUGCCCGCACAGAGCUCGCGGUGCGCUACAAUGACAUAUCGCCGCUGGAGAACCAUCACUGCGCCGUGGCUUUCCAGAUCCUUUCCCUUCCCGAGUGCAAUAUCUUUGCAAAUGUGGAUCCUGAGGCUUUUAAGCAGAUUCGCCAGGCUAUAAUCACCCUCAUCCUUGCCACUGACAUGGCCAGACAUGGCGAGAUACUGGACUCCUUCAAGCAGAAAGUGGACAACUUUGACUUCACCAAUGAAGAGCAUGUGACAUGUCUCAAGAUGGUGUUGAUCAAAUGUUGCGACAUUUCUAACGAAGUGAGGCCCACCGAGGUAGCCGAACCAUGGGUGGACUGCCUACUGGAGGAGUACUUCAUGCAGAGUGACCGGGAGAAGUCAGAGGGCCUGCCGGUGGCCCCCUUCAUGGACAGAGACAAAGUCACCAAACCAACCGCUCAGAUAGGCUUCAUCAAGUUUGUCCUCAUCCCCAUGUUUGAAACCGUCAUGAAGCUUUUCCCUCAGAUUGAGGAGAUAAUGGUUCAACCUUUGAGGGACUCUCGAGACCACUAUGAGGAGCUGAAGCAGAUAGAUGAUGCCAUGACAGAGGCACAGAAGAAAAAAACUGAAAAUAUGUCAUUAGGCGGGAAGAAGAAGUAAGCUGUGCAGUGAGUGAGUGCAGUGGUAUCUGUGGGUCCUCUUUUGUGUUCAAAUUAAGGAAAGACUUUAAAAAAACCGAGUGAGGGGUGGACGUCCGGGUGAAGACGCUGCAUCAUGAGGGGAGCGCAGAGAGACCGCAUGCUCGACUAAACUUAGGCACCGAGGGGGUAUGGCAUCUUGAACUUUGACUUAGACUUUUGUAACGGAGAGAGGAGACACCCGCGUGACCCCUUGUCUUGUUUAUUUGUGGGGUUGAUGUCGCUAUCUCUCUUUGUUUUUAUGUUUGACACGCUCAGAAGAGAGGUUUCAGGGCGUAUGUUAGGGUGCACGUGGUGAAAAUCAUCAUUAUCAGAUUCAACAAAACAUCUUCAAAUACAACAUUUGACAGCAAAUCAUAAUAGAAUGUAAGCAUUUAGCUUCAAAAGUAAUAUCACCUUUUUUUCCCUCUGCAUUCCUCCUAUGGCUUUUUCAAGUCAACCUUCACCAAUAUUCAAAAGCAAUAUUUUAAACCCAAACAAAAUAAACUGCAGUAUACAGCGAGGUACACACUUAUUUGGAGUUUAUUUCAUGCAUUUUGUUUUUAUACACCACCAUGUUUCAAGUGAAAUAAAGCUAUCAACAUUCGAUUCAAGUACCGUACUUUUCGGACCAUAGGGCGCACCGGAUUAUAAGGCGCACUGCCGAUGAGCGGGUCUAGCCCGGUCUUUUUUCUUACAAAAGGCGCAUUAAAGGGGUCAUUAUAUGUGGGCGGUCUUAUUUACGUGGCUCACCUUCGACAGCGUCUUCUCCCCGUCAUCUUUGUUGUAGCGGUGUAGCGUGCAAGGAGUGGAAGAAGUGUCAAAAGAUGGAGCUAACUGUUUUAAUGACAUUCAGACUUUACUUCAAUCAAUAACGGAGCAGCAUCUCCUCAUCCGUGACUCACUAGUCCAACAACAACGCCGGUAAUGUGUCCCGUGAAAUAACGUCCGACCGGAACUCUCUAAUAACUAAAGUUCCUUGGGUGAAUAAUGUAAACCCACUACAGUUUUACCGAUUUGAUAGCUAGUCUACUGACAGAUAUAAGUAAGAACUUUACACUACUUUAUAUUAGAAAUGGCAACAGUUAGGAUGAAUGUCCCAUAACAAGAAGAUAGAGAAAAAGAAGAAGCUUAUCGACUACGGACUACAAUGGCGGAGGCGAGCACAUUUUCAGGACUUAUGCAGAUCCCAAAUAAACAUCAGCAGGUACCAGAAAGUACGAAAAGUUGGUUUUGCAUAAUAUUUCGAAACAAAACGCCAGAUAAUUAUGUCUGCUAAUAGGUGCCAUUUUUUGGUCCUUAUACACACACCAUAGUUAUACUUGUAUGUUUAAUACAACGACAAUCCAUCAAGCGGUGCGGCUUCAUUGCUUACCAAAGUCGUACUAAAAACAUUUUGACAGAUUUUUGAGCGCCGUGUGUAAUGUUCUAUAUUCUCAAUGGAACAUUUAAAGUUUUGGUGUUGUUUACUGCCACCAUAUUGCAGUCUACACGUAUCUCUUAUGUACGACUGCCAUCUACUGGUCACACUUAUCAUUACACCAUGUACCAAAUAAAAUUGCUUUAAGGUCAGUAAGCACAACCAGAAUUAUGGCGUUAUAAGGCGCACCGUCGAUUUUUGAGAAAAUGAAAGGAUCUUAAGUGCGCCUUAUUGUCCGAAAAAUACGGUAGUUUAACAAAAAUACAUGGAUUUUAUUUUAAAAUUUUUUGGUCAUUUGGCUUUUUGCCCUACUGUGUCCAACACAUGUUUGAUUUGAAUCGAAACCACUGCAUGUACCACAACACCACCAGGAAACAGACGUACAGUAUAUCCCAGCAGGCACAAGACAUUAAAACAACGUUUAAAACAUGUUGAAUUAGGUCCUGACGUUGAGCAACUCAAAUCUAACGUUGAAACAACAUGCUUUUUGACAACGUUUAUUCAAUGUCAGUGCUUACGUUGAUUUGACCAUUGAAAUGUGAUCAUUUCCCAACCAAUAUUCCACAACACAAAUACAACGUUGAAACAACAUACUUUUUGAUGACGUUGAUUCAAUGUCAGGUUGUGACAUUGAUUUGACCAUUGAAAAUUGGUCAUUUCCCAACCAAUAUUCCACAACACAAAAACAAUGUUGAAACAACAUACUUUUUGACAACGUUUAUUCAAUGUCAGGUUCUUAUGUUGAUUUGACCAUUGAAAUUUGGUCAUUUCCCAACCAAUAUUCCACAACAUAAAUACAACGUUGAAACAACAUGCUUUUUGACAACGUUGAUUUGACCUUUGAAAUUUGGUCAGUUCCCGACCAAUAUUCCACAACACAAAUACAACAUUGAAACAACAUUCUUUUUCACGUUUAUUGAAUGUCAGGUUCUUACAUUGAUUUGACCAUUGAAAUGUGGUCAUUUCCCAACCAAUAUUCCACAACACAAAUACAACGUUGAAACAACAUACUUGUUAACGUUUAUUCAAUGUCAGGUUGUGACGUUGAUUUGACAAUUGAAAUGUGGUCAUUUCCCAACCAAUAGUCCACAACAAUAAUACAACGUUGAAACAACAUGCUUUUUGACAACGUUGAUUUGACCAUUGAAAUUUGGUCAUUUCCCGACCAAUAUUCCACAACACAAAUACAAUGUUGAAACAACAUUCUUUUUCACGUUUAUUCAAUGUCAGGUUCUUACGUUGAUUUGAUCAUUGAAAUGUGGUCAUUUCCCAACCAAUAUUCCACAACAUAAAUACAACGUUGAAACAACAUGCUUUUUGACAACGUUGAUUUGACCAUUGAAAUUUGGUCAUUUCCCGACCAAUAUUCCACAACACAAAUACAACGUUGAAACAACAUUCUUUUUCACGUUUAUUCAAUGUCAGGUUCUUACGUUGAUUUGACCAUUGAAAUGUGGUCAUUUCCCAACCAAUAUUCCACAACACAAAUACAACGUUGAAACAACAUGCUUUUUGACAACAUUGAUUUGACCAUUGAAAUUUGGUUAUUUCUCAACCAAUAUUGCACAACACGAAUACAACGUUGAAACAACAUCCUUUUUGACAACGUUUAUUCAAUGUCAGGUUGUGACGUUGUUUUGACCAUUGAAAUUUGGUCAUUUCCCAACCAAUAUUCCACAACACAAAUACAACGUUGAAACAACAUGCUUUUUGACAACGUUUAUUCAAUGUCAGGUUCUUAUGUUUAUUUGACCAUUGAAAUUUGGUCAUUUCCCAACCAAUAUUCCACAACACAAAUACAACGUUGAAACAACAUACUUGUUAACGUUUAUUCAAUGUCAGGUUGUGACGUUGAUUUGACAAUUGAAAUGUGGUCAUUUCCCAACCAAUAGUCCACAACACAAAUACAAUGUUGAAACAACAUGCUUUUUGACAAUGUUGAUUUGACCAUUGAUAUUUGGUCAUUUCCCGACCAAUAUUCCACAACACAAAUACAACGUUGAAACAACAUGCUUUUUGACGACGUUGAUUUAAUGUCAGGUUGUGACGUUGAUUUGACCAUUGAAAUUUGGUAAUUUCCCAACCAAUAUUCCACAACACAAAUACAACAUUGAAACAACAUGCUUUUUGACAACGUUGAUUUGACCUUUGAAAUUUGGUCAGUUCCCGACCAAUAUUCCACAACACAAAUACAACAUUGAAACAACAUUCUUUUUCACGUUUAUUCAAUGUCAGGUUCUUACAUUGAUUUGACCAUUGAAAUGUGGUCAUUUCCCAACCAAUAUUCCACAACACAAAUACAACGUUGAAACAACAUACUUGUUAACGUUUAUUCAAUGUCAGGUUGUGACGUUGAUUUGACAAUUGAAAUGUGGUCAUUUCCCAACCAAUAGUCCACAACAAAAAUACAACGUUGAAACAACAUGCUUUUUGACAACGUUGAUUUGACCAUUGAAAUUUGGUCAUUUCCCGACCAAUAUACCACAACACAAAUACAACGUUGAAACAACAUUCUUUUUCACGUUUAUUCAAUGUCAGGUUCUUACGUUGAUUUGACCAUUGAAAUGUGGUCAUUUCCCAACCAAUAUUCCACAACAUAAAUACAACGUUGAAACAUGAUGCUUUUUGACAACGUUGAUUUGACCAUUGAAAUUUGGUCAUUUCCCGACCAAUAUUCCAGAACACAAAUACAACAGUGAAACAACAUUCUUUUUCACGUUUAUUCAAUGUCAGGUUCUUACGUUGAUUUGACCAUUGAAAUGUGGUCAUUUCCCAACCAAUAUUCCACAACACAAAUACAACGUUGAAACAACAUGCUUUUUGACAACAUUGAUUUGACCAUUGAAAUUUGGUUAUUUCUCAACCAAUAUUGCACAACACAAAUACAACGUUGAAACAACAUACUUUUUGACGUUUAUUCAAUGUCACGUUGCGACGUUGAUUUGACCAUUGAAAUUUGGUCAUUUCCCAACCAAUAUUCCACAACACAAAAACAACGUUGAAACAACAUGCUUUUUGACAACGUUUAUUCAAUGUCAGGUUGUGACAUUGAUUUGACCAUUGAAAUUUGGUCAUUUCCCAACCAAUAUUCCACAACACAAAUACAACGUUGAAACAACAUACUUGUUAACGUUUAUUCAAUGUCAGGUUGUGACGUUGAUUUGACAAUUGAAAUGUGGUCAUUUCCCAACCAAUAGUCCACAACACAAAUACAACGUUGAAACAACAUGCUUUUUGACAAUGUUGAUUUGACCAUUGAUAUUUGGUCAUUUCCCGACCAAUAUUCCACAACACAAAUACAACGUUGAAACAACAUGCUUUUUGACGACGUUGAUUCAAUGUCAGGUUGUGACGUUGAUUUGACCAUUGAAAUGUGGUAAUUUCCCAACCAAUAUUCCACAACACAAAUACAACGUUGAAACAACAUGCUUUUUGACAACGUUCAUUUGACCAUUGAAAUUUGGUCAUUUCCCGACCAAUAUUCCACAACACAAAUACACCGUUGAAACAACACGCUUUUUGACAACGUUGAUUUGACCAUUGAAAUUUGGUCAUUUCCCGACCAAUAUUCCACAACACAAAUACAAUGUUGAAACAACAUGCUUUUUAACAACGUUUAUUCAAUGUCAGUCCUUACGUUGAUUUGACCAUUGAAAUGUGAUCAUUUCCCAACCAAUAUUCCACAACACAAAUACAACGUUGAAACAACAUACUUUUUGACGUUUAUUCAAUGUCAGGUUAUGACGUUGAUUUGGCCUUUGAAAUUUGGUCAUUUCCCAACCAAUAUUCCACAACACAAAUACAACGUCGAAACAACCUACUUGUUGACGUUUAUUCAAUGUCAGGUUGUGACGUUGAUUUGACCUUUGAAAUGUGGUCAUUUCCCAACCAAUAUUCCACAACACAAAUAAAACGUUGAAACAACAUGCUUUUUGACAACGUUUAUUCAAUGUCAGGUUGUGACGUUGAUUUGACCAUUGAAAUUUGGUCAUUUCCCAACCAAUAUUCCACAACACAAAUACAACGUUGAAACAACAUACUUGUUGACGUUUAUUCAAUGUCAGGUUGUGACGUUGAUUUGACCUUUGAAUUGUGGUCAUUUCCCAA